AUGGCAUCAAUAAUAUAUAUGGCUGUUUCGAAAAAAAAUCUAGUUUCAAAUUUUUUCAUUACAUUUCUUGCAGAUUGUGGUGGCGCGGAAUAUGCUCGUGAUAAUGGCAUUCCAGUUAUUGUUUUCCCGAGAAGGAAAGACGAGCAAGGGGCUUUUUCGGCUAAAGACCUCGUAGUUGAACUAAGAUCAUACGAUGUUGACUUCAUUCUUUUAGCCGGUUAUCUUAAACUAAUUCCAUUGGAGUUGGUUCAAGCAUAUCCCAAAUCCAUAUUGAACAUUCACCCUUCACUUCUUCCAGCGUUUGGGGGCAAAGGUUAUUACGGUAUCAAGGUGCAUAAAGCCGUCAUUGCUUCUGGAGCAAGGUAUUCAGGUCCUACAAUUCAUUAUGUCGAUGAGCAAUAUGACACGGGUCGUAUUCUUGCCCAAAGGGUAGUUCGUGUGCUUGCUAACGAUACACCCGAGGACUUAGCUGCAAGGGUUCUUCAUGAGGAACACAAAUUGUACGUAGAGGUAGCAGCUGCCUUGUGUGAGGAACGAAUCAUGUGGCGUGAAGAUGGUGUUCCUAUUAUCCAGAGCAAAGAAAAUCCGAACAACUAUAAUUGAUAAAAUAUGACGAGCAUAUCGAUAUUAUUCGAUCAUUAGCUUGAAAUGUUUUCGGUUUAUUCUUUUCAUCUUUCUUGUUUACGGUUUGGAGAAUUUCAGUCGAAUGUUUAAUUGUAAGAGAAUCGGUAGGAGCAUGCAAAUUUUUAUUUUUUUUUGGUUCUUUUUUUUUCUCUGUAUUUUUCUGUUUAGUCAGAUGAAUGUUGUACUAUUUCUGGAAUUUUGCGAAUGAUAGAUGUGAAAAAAUUGAGGGGAGUAAAAUUUACAUGGUUUCAACUUUCAA